AUGAAACUGUUCAUGACACCACUUCAUGUAGCAGUUGAGCAUGCCAAACAUCAAACUGUUCUGUAUCUCAUAGAGAAAGGUGCUAAUGUUAAUGCAGAAGAUAAGAAUCAAGUCACACCACUUCAUGUAGCCGUUAAGCUUACCAAACAUGAAACUGCUCAGUAUCUCAUAGAGAAAGGUGCUAAUGUUAAUGCAGAAGAUAAGAAUCAAGUCACACCACUUCAUGUAGCAGUUGAGCAUGCCAAACAUGAAACUGUUCAGUAUCUCAUACAGAAAAGAGCCAGGGUUAAUGCAGAAGAUAACAAUCAAGUCACACCACUUCAUGUAGCAGUUGUGCAUGCCAAACAUGAAACUGUUCAGUAUCUCAUAGAGAAAGGUGCCAAUGUUAAUGCAGAAGAUAACAAUCAAGUCACACCACUUCAUGUGGCAGUUAAGCUUGCCAAACAUAAAACUGUACAGUAUCUCAUAGAGAAAGGUGCCAAUGUUAAUGCAGAAGAUAACAAUCAAGUCACACCACUUCAUGUGGCAGUUAAGCUUGCCAAACAUAAAACUGUACAGUAUCUCAUAGAGAAAGGUGCCAAUGUUAAUGCAGAAGAUAACAAUCAAGUCACACCACUUCAUGUGGCAGUUGAGCUUGCCAAACAUAAAACUGUACAGUAUCUCAUAGAGAAAGGUGCCAAUGUUAAUGCAGAAGAUAUCAAUCAAGUCACACCACUUCAGGUAGCAGUUGAGCAUGCCAAACAUGAAACUGUUCAGUAUCUCAUAGAGAAAGGUGCCAAUGUUAAUGCAGAAGAUAACAAUCAAGUCACACCACUUCAUGUUGCAGUUGUGCAUGCCAAACAUGAAACUGUUCAGUAUCUCAUAGAGAAAGGUGCCAAUGUUAAUGCAGAAGAUAACAAUCAAGUCACACCACUUCAUGUAGCAGUUGAGCAUGCCAAACAUGAAACUGUUCAGUAUCUCAAAGAGAAAGGUGCCAAUGUUAAUGCAGAAGAUAACAAUUAGUGACACCACUUCAUGUAGCAGUUGAGCAUGCCAAACAUGAAACUGUUCAGUAUCUCAUAGAGAAAGGUGCCAAUGUUAAUGCAGAAGAUAACAAUCAAGUCACACCACUUCAUACAGCAGUUGAGCAUGCCAAACAUGAAACUAUACAGUAUCUCAUAGAGAAAGGUGCCAAUGUUAAUGCAGAAGAUAACAAUCAAGUCACACCACUUCAUACAGCAGUUGAGCAUGCCAAACAUGAAUCUGUUCAGUAUC